UCCAUUCCAUAACCAUGGCCAAUACUGCCUUUCCCUUGCCGCUUUAUUUCUUCCUUUUCUUCUUCUCCGUUGCGCCACAGCCGCCGUCCAUGUCGUCGGAGACUCCACCGGAUGGAGGAUCCCGAUAAUGCCCAAUUCUACACUACCUGGGUCUCCGAUAAAACCUUUCGACUCAACGAUACUCUCUCGUUCCAAUUCGCUACAGGUCAAACACGACGUCGUCAAAGUGCCGAAAGCAUUUACGAUUCUUGCAGUGAAAAAAGUAACACGCUGAAGGUCACCACCGGCCCGUAUAGCUACACCCUCAAUGAAACCGGAAGCCACUACUUCAUUUGCAGCUUUGGCCAGCACUGCCAGGCGGCCAGAAAAUUAGCCGUCGUCGUCUCCGAUGCUUCGUCUCCGACAUCGUCGCCUUCUCCGACGUCGUCCACCCCCCAACCUCCUCCUCCUCCUAGUUCUGCAGCUUCUCGUGCCUUUGCUGGAUUCAUCUUCAUCGUCGCUUCCGUUGCCUUAGGGAAUCUCAUCCUCUAGGUAGAAAACUAUUACGAUGGUACGUGAUUUGAGAAAGUGUGUGGAGAGCAUGAAGAGAAUUGACAGUUCAGUUCAUAAUCAG